AUGAGGAUUAAUUCACCACCACCACCGCCACCACUAGCAAACCAAAAGAGAAGAAGAAGAUCUCUUUUGGCCAAAGAUGACGGGAAAAGGAAAAGGAUGACGACGACGACGACGACUGAUUCACCCGCGAUGAAUUUAUCCUAUUUUAACAGUCGUAGUGAUAAUAAUGGCGAUGAUGAUGAUGAUGGUGAUGGUGAAAAAGGAUUAUUAUUAUUAUUGAAUGAUGAUGUUGAUGAUAGGAAAAGGACGACGACGACGACGACGACGAUGACAACUGAUUCGCCCGCGAUGAAUUUAUCCAAUCUUAAUGGCAAUGAUGAUGGCGAUGAUGACGAUGAUGAUGAUGAACAAGAAUUAUUAUUAUUAUUGAAUAAUAAUAAUGAUGAUGAUAGGAAAAGGACGACGACGACGACGACGACUGCGAUGAAUUUAUCCAAUCUUAAUGGCGAUGAUGAUGAUGAUGAUGAUGAUGAACAAGAAUUAUUAUUAUUAUUGAAUGAUGAUGGUGCUGAUAGGAAAAGGACAAGGACAAGGACGACGACGACGACGACGAACGAUUCACCACCCAUGUCCUCCUCUACUAAAGUUGAUGAAAAAGGGGGGGGAGGAUUAUUAUCAUCAUCAUUGAAUAGUGAUGAUAGAAACAUGAUGAUGAUGAUGAUGGAUAUAUCUAAAGAUGAUGAUAAAAAAGAAGAAGAAGAAGGAUUAUUAUUAUUAAAUAGAGAUAGAAAACAAGAAAAAAGGAAAGGAGAAUUGUUAAUGGAUAGUGUUGAUCCUGAUAUUAUUACUGGAUAUAACAUUAAUAAUUUCGAUUUAGCUUAUUUGAUAGAAAGAGCUCAGCAUUUGAAUUCUGAUCGAUUUUAUCUCAGUAGAAUUAAAAAUCUACAAUCUACCAUUGUGAAUAAAACAUUUGAAAGCAGACAAAUGGGAAAAAUGAUUAAUAAAAUGGUCAAUGUAGAAGGCCGAUGCGUUUUGGACGUAAUGAAUAUAAUCAAGAGAGAAUACAAGUUGCGUUCAUACGGUUUAAACGCCGUUGCUGAGCAUUUUUUAAAUGAACGAAAAGAUGAUAUUCAUCACACGGAAAUUUCAACUUUACACCAUACUAGCGCUCAAACGAGACAAAAACUGGCCAUUUAUUGUUUAAAAGACGCGUAUUUGCCUCUAAAAUUAAUCGAUAAAUUAAUGUUACUCGUUAACUAUAUCGAAAUGGCUCGCGUAACGGGCGUCCCUUUAUCCUUUAUCCUUACGAGAGGGCAGCAAGUUAAAAUCAUGUCUCAGUUACUUAGAAAUUGCGCGAUAGAAAAUUUUAUCAUUCCAUCGUGUCAAGGAAAACAAAAGGUUAAUGAUUAUCAGGGAGCGACAGUCAUCGAGCCUGCGAAAGGCUAUUAUAAUGACCCUAUUACUACGUUAGAUUUUUCAUCGUUAUAUCCAACGAUUAUUAUGGCUCAUAAUCUAUGUUAUUCGACUUUAUUAUUAAAGAAUAAUAAUAAUGAUAAUGAUGAUGAUGAUGAUCAUUAUAGUAGGCUAUCCAGUGAAGAUUAUAUUAAAACUCCAUCGGGUAAUUAUUUCGUUAAACCUCAUAUUCGCAAAGGGUUACUUCCCAAAAUUUUGGAAAAUUUACUAUCAGCGCGCAAAAAGGCUAAAGAUGAAUUGAAAAGGGAAACUGAUCCGUUGAAAAGAAAGGUAUUAGACGGUCGUCAACUAGCUUUGAAAAUGUCUGCCAACUCGGUGUAUGGUUUCACUGGCGCGCAAGUUGGUAAAUUACCUUGCGUAGAAAUUUCGCAAAGCGUCACAGCGUUCGGGCGUGAAAUGAUCAUGUUUACCAAAGACAAAAUCGAAGAAAAAUAUACAAACGCGAAGAUUAUCUACGGCGAUACGGAUUCAGUAAUGAUAAAUUUUGGUGUGAAAACUAUUCAAGAAGCUAUAACAUUAGGCCAAGUAGCUGCAUCGUACGUUACAACGUAUUUUACUAAACCUAUUAAAUUAGAAUUUGAAAAGGUAUAUUUCCCCUACCUGCUCAUUAAUAAAAAAAGGUACGCAGGAUUAUACUAUACGCGACCUGAUACUUUUGAUAAAAUUGAUUGUAAAGGAAUAGAAACAAUUAGGAGAGACAAUUGUCGUUUCGCCGCGCAUUUGAUCUCGGAAGUUUUAAAAAUGAUUCUUAUCGAAAGAGAUGUAGAAAAGGCCGUCGUUUUAGUAAAAAGUACUAUUAUAAUUAAUAUUACUUCUCUAAAUAUUAAAAAGGCCGAGUUGAAGUCUUUUUCAUAA